AUGGCCGAACACUUAAAACCGAAUGUCGGAUAUUUAGAGCAGGUAGAAAUAGAUUGGGAACCACGAUUCAAGGGCGGCAAUAUUCCGUACAAAUGCGCCCUUAUCGACUGGACUGACAAGUUGCUGCGCGCCAUGGAUCUGCACGGUCGUUCGAUGAGAGUGGAACCAGAGCGAACGAGAAGACAACUCAGAACUGCUGGAUUUUCAGAUAUCCACGAUUGCUCAAUCAGGGUCGGCUUCACUCCUUGGUCGGAAGACCGUCACGAGAGAGACGUAGCAUUUUGGUUUGGGGCUGGUUUUAGUCACGCCAUUAAAGCCCUGUCCUACGGCCCUAUGAGUUUAUCUCUUACCAUGUCUAUAAGGGACAUCGACCUUCUUUGCAAUGCGGUUCUCGACGAGUUACGCACUGCCCGAUAUAAAGCCUAUUGCGGAAUGUGA